AUGGCCUUUCAGAUAGAGAGCAAUGGCCCAGGAGAAAGGCGUCACGCUGCUAUCGAAAUGAGAAGCGGUGCUGCACCAGAUCCAGCAGCCGAUGCCAGGCGACUGCUUCUACUCGCCAACGGCCAGCUGGCUACGCAGCUUUUGGUGGCGUUUGCCGCAGUCAGCUUGCAAGGUUUGGCACUAAAACUAACUAACUUCCCCUCCCCCACAACAAGCCAGGCGCUCACCGCUUGGAGCUUCUUGGGGCUGACGGGCCUCGCCGAGAACCAGGGGAGAAAUCGUUCUACAUUCGACAACAACGGCAAGCUGCGUGGCGAACUUGAAGAAACUCCUUGUCAACGGUGA